AUGGCAGAGGUGGAGGAGACACUGAAGCAUCCUCAGAGCCAGAAGGGAGUGCAGGGAAUCAUUGUGGUGAACACAGAAGGCAAUCCCAUUAAGAGCACCAUAGACAAUCCCACCACUACACCGUAUGCCAGCCUCAUGCACAGCUUCAUCUUGAAGGCACGGGUCAUCACACGUGAAGUUGACCCCCAGAAUGACCUCACCUUCCUUCAAAUCCGCUCCAGGAAAAAUGAAAUUAUGGUCACACCUGAUAAAGACUACUUCCUGAUUGUAAUUCAGAACCCAACUAAAUGA